UUUCAGUUACAUUUUGUCACGUGCUUACGACGAGAAUCAAGCUUUGUGGAGAAAUUCUAAGAAGCAUAGCAUGAGUUUAUAGAAAGCGGUGCCGAACGAUUCAUCCACCGUGCCGUACAUCAGAUGAUCUGCCAUUUUGAAGCUUCGGCUUAUUUUGAUGCCUGUCAUAUUUGUGCCUCGCAUGUUAGCAUCUUUUCUUCCCAGCAAUCUCAUUUCAAUACAGGCUGGUUAUCCAGCUCGUGGGUUAACUUCUUGUUGAGUAAGCGGCAAGAUUUAAAAAAGCUUGGCGAACGACAAGAUUUGUUAGAUAAGAUUGUAGCGAAAACAGCUCGUCUGUGCCAUCAGCUCGCCAAGCCAGCACCAUGCCCGUCUGGAACACCGCUCGCGAGGGCCUCGGCCUGCAGGAGGUCACCCGCGGCUGCGACCUGUGGAAGGCGCUGCUGGCCGAGUUCAUUGGCACGCUGUUCCUUGUGUUCCUGGGCUGCCUGAGCACCAUCCCGUGGCCCGACGAAGGCUACCAGGCGUCCAUGGUGCAGAUCGCCAUCGCGUUCGGCAUCACCGUCGCCACCAUGGCGCAGUCGAUCGGCCAUAUCAGCGGCUGCCACAUCAACCCGGCCAUCACGCUGGCCAUGCUGGUGACGCGUCACAUCACCCUGAUCAGGGCCGUCUGCUACAUCAUUGUCCAGUGCCUGGGCGGAGUGGUCGGCUCCGCGCUACUCAAGGCGGUGAUUCCGGUUAUCUACCAGGGUAGCCUGGGCAUGACCAUGGUGAACCCAGCCAUGACGCCGGCGCAGGGCUUCGGCGUCGAGGUGCUCAUCACCUUCGUCCUGGUGUUCGUCGUGUUCGGCGUCUGCGACGAGCAGCGCACUGACGUCAUGGGCUCGGCGCCGCUGGCCAUCGGCCUCUCCAUCACCACGUGCCACGUGGGAGCUCUGAAAUGUACGGGCGCUUCGAUGAACCCGGCACGCUCCUUCGGACCCGCUGUCGUCACUGGUAUCUGGGCCAACCACUGGGUGUUUUGGGUGGGUCCGAUCUUGGGCGGCUGCCUGGCGGCCAAGGUCUACAAGGACAACUUCAUGGCCGCCAAGCUCUCCCCGGACGGCUACGGCCUCGUCGUCGACCAGGCGCCAGAGGAGACGUCGGGGAAGUCGCCGACGCCGCUCACCCGCCGCCGGCCGUCGGACGAGGAGCCUGGUGUGGACUUGUCCGACUGCGCGGCAGCAGAGGGAGCGGUCCUGCGCCAUAUCGACGACGACGCUGACUCCACCGACCCGUGAUCGCUCCCGGCCCAGCCGGCACGCGAUGCUUGGACGCUAGGUGGCUCCACUGAGUAAGGCGCACAGUGCACGCACUCUUCCAUAGGUGGCGUCACUGGGCGAGCGGCGCGUUACAUAUGCCCUAUUAGGAGGGUGUCACCGAGUGGGCCGCGCGGUGAACGUGUCCACUUCGCGAGACGACCAACGAUGCGGUACACUUGUACUCACGAGAUGCCCGACGUUGCGGUGUACGUGUUGUCCUCGCGAGAUGGCUGACGAUGCGAUGCACGUGUUGUCCUCGCGAGAUGGCUGACGAUGCGAUGUACGUGUUGUCCUCGCGAGAUGGCUGACGAUGCGAUGCACGUGUUGUCCUCGCGAGAUGGCUGACGAUGCGAUGCACGUGUUGUCCUCGCGAGAUGGCUGACGAUGCGAUGCACGUGUUGUCCUCACGAGAUGGCUGACGAUGCGAUGCACGUGUUGUCCUCACGAGAUGGCUGACUAUGCGAUGUACGUGUUGUCCUCGCGAGAUGGCUGACGAUGCGGUGUACGUGUUGUCCUCACGAGAUGCCCGACGGUGCGGUGUACGUGUUGUUCUCACCAUAUGGCCGACGAUAGCGAGGCGUGGUGAGCGGUCAAACGCAGCUUAAAACGCAGCUUUUGGGCAGAACAUGCGUCGCAAACCGUGAUGAACGAAUAACCGGUUAUUUCCUUAGACCAGGCAGGGAGAACUUGCACUGGACCGGGAGACGGAUUUCAGCUGCUUGAGCACCGUCUGCUUUCCACAAUGUGUACCGCAAUAAUUCUCAGGUAAGGCGAUCACGCUACACCUUCGAGCAUAUACACUCAGAUGCGGACACAUCUCAUGAGACAGCAGAUUAAAGUGUGAGGCCACACGAGCCAGCGUGGAAUUUCUGAAGCAUUUCACAUUGGACCACGCGGUCUACUUCUCGCGCAGUUCAGUUCACUGACGGCUGCAGUCUGACAAACGGAUCGUGCAGGCUCCGAAUACGCAGUUAAGAUAGGCUCCGGUAGAUCGACCUGCCGCCCGGCCAGUUCUCCCCCGAUAAUGCCGUCUUCGCUGCGCUUGUAUUACACAAAGAUGCGGCCCGCUUGUGUUAAGUUGCAUCUUACUGUAUGAGAGCCGGUCUUUGAUUAGCUGAUAGGCGCUGUAGACAUGCCACACCAGAGGUGUGUCAGUAGGUUAGCUACCGGCCAGGCGUGAGUAUUUUUCGACAUGUUUCCACCAAAUCCGAAGUUAACGCAUAUGCUGAUAAGGUCUUCCUUGUAAAUAAAUAAAUACUGGCUUUAAA